AUGACGUAUUGUUUGAAACUUCUGAGCCACAGCCACUACAACACACGCGAAAAUGGUGAGUGGGGGUUGAUCAGCGACGGAGGUGCAGUGGCUGAGCCAGCACGUCAGCAAGGAGUGAAAGCGCUUAUUGUCGAUGCUUUCGGCACCACUGUCAACUGGCACCACACGGUGCACGCUGAGCUUUGUCGGCGCGCUAGUGCGCACGCAGACGCUGAGCGACUGGAAAGGGUGAACUGGGCGGCAUUCCUCGCUGACUGGCGCGAGGCGUUCAAGAGGGGUGUAGCUGAGCACUCACGCGGUGUCGCACCCACACACUCCCACUUCCCCACGGUCGAUACGUUCCAUCGAAACGCACUCGACGCGCUCACGCACAAGUACGCCAUCGAUCAUGUCUACACCCCGGCACAGCUCGACGACCUCUCUCUCAUUUGGCACGAUCUGGACGCUUGGCCUGACGCCGCGCAUGGGAUCGACCUUCUGAAACAGAAGUACGUCGUCGCCACGCUGAGCAACGGUCACUGCAGGCUGCUGGUGGAUAUGGCUAAACAUGCCAACCUCCGUUGGGAUUUCAUCUGCGGGGCUGAUAUCCCCCGUGUUUAUAAACCUCACCCGGAAACUUACUUGAGCAUCGCUAGAUGGCUCGGCUUACGCCCGGAGCAGUGCGCUAUGGUUGCCGCACAUGCAAAUGAUUGCAGAGGCGCUAGAGCUGUAGGCAUGCGCACCGUGUACAUUGCUCGCGAACAGGAGGAGGACGAGCCUGAGACGGUGCAUCCGGAGGAAUUUGACAUCUUUCUCGACGGUCGUGUGCCUUUCUCUGACGUUCAUCCCUCGACUCGUAAUAUUGGACUGGUUGAGUUGGCCAAUAGACUCAAUGUACAGCAGCAAGACGCCGAGUGGAAGAGUUGCAAAGGAUUUUAG